AUGUACAAAGAAAAAGCUCAGGAACUGAUGAAUGAUGGUCAAUAUUCAAAAGCCAUAAAUUUUUAUACUUUGGCCAUCAAAAAUGAACCAACAGAUUCAAAAUUAUAUUCAUCAAGAGCCAAAGCAUACUAUUUAAACAUUCAGACAUUGGAAGAUCCUACAUUGCAACAAUGGAAGAAAGUGAUUCAUGAUUGCUCAUCUGCUUUAAAUUUAAAUAAGGAAAAUUAUGAUGCUAUGUUUUACAAUGGUUUAACUCAAGUUUAUGGUUAUAAAAAGUUUGAGAAAGCUUUGAAAAUGUUGCACCAAGCAUAUGAAAAAUCUUUAAUUAAAUCAAGGAAUUCUAAACUGUUUGCUUUACCGCAACAAAUUUAUUUGGAAAUUUUAAAAAUUAAAAAAAUAAAGAAUAAUCAUGAUAUUGAGGAAAAAAUUAUCAAGUCUAAUCCCUUUUUCAUAAAAUUAGUUCACUUAUUACAAAAAAAUUACGAUCUGGAGUUUCAAAAAUUGGCAAGUAAAAAUUUAGAAUCGGAUAGCUUCAAGAUUUUGUCUACUAAAUUAGCAAUUAAAUACAACGAAGAAAUAAAAACUUUAAUAGAGCUAUUUGAAUUGAAAUUUAAAAAAGAUGAUGAAAGUAGUCUGAGCAAAUCCAAUGAUCCACCUGAUUAUUUGUGUGAUCCAAUUUCAUUUAAUUUAUUCUUUGAACCAAUUAUUACACCUUCUGGUCAAUCAUUUGAAAAAUCGUGGUUACUACAACACUUAUCAAAUAAUGAAUUUGAUCCUUUGACUAGACAAAAGUUAGCAAAAGAUCAAUGCUAUCCGAACUUAGGUCUAGAAUCUUGUGUUGAUCAAUAUAUUCAAUCAAAUAAUAAUAAUGGUACCUGA